CAACAGCAGGUCAACAAUAAGUUUCUGUUGGUGAUCAUCAUUGCACCUAAAAUUUGGUCUUAAAUAUGCUUGAUAUUACCCCAUGGGCCGGAUUAUUUCUGGUCGGUUUACUGUGGGGUGGCACAAACCCAUUCAUAAAGAGAGGAUCCACAGGAGUGAAGAAAAUUAAAGCGUCCAACAUAAUCGUUCAGUUACUACUAGAAUUAAAGUACCUUUUUACUGAAUGGAGGUACGUGUUACCAUUUGCUCUGAACCAACUUGGAUCUGUUGUGUUUUUCCUUACUUUGCAGAAGACUGAUUUAUCUUUAGCUGUUCCUAUUGCAAACGCUUCAACUUUUUUAUUCACGGCGCUGGUCGGGCAGUUUUUGGGAGAGGAUAAGAUCACAAAAGAAACGUUAAUUGGAAUUCUGCUUGUGCUGUCUGGAAUUAUGUUAUGCGUUUAUGAUAAAAGUGAAUUAACAGGAAUCGAUCACGAAUAAAUCACGUGGAAUUUUAUUAUUUG